CUACACCUGGGUGAAUCAGGAGGCAACUGCACAGUAGAGGGCAUCCUUCCUUACUACAGAAAAUUGUGUGACAACCAUCCUUUCUGCUUUGUGUAUGCUCACGUGGACGUGGACCCCUGCCCCACUGUUUCUAAAUAUCUUGAGAUUAUCUACAGCUGUGAACAAAAAGUGUGCCUGCACGGCUUGGGUCUUGAACAUGGGAACAUUUCAGAUGCCCUGCUCUCCGCUUCCUCUUCAAUCGGCUCCUUCACACCCAACAGAGCUCGCCUGAAUGGAAAUUCCUGCUGGAUGCCAUCAGGAAACGCUGCCUCAAGCUGGAUUCAGGUAAACCUUGGCCAGACCAGAAAAAUAACAGGGAUCGUAAUCCAGGGUUGCCCACAGAACGAUCACUGGGUUACCAAAUUUAAGAUUCAGCACAGCAUGGAUGGAUUGACCUGGACUGCCUACACAGCUGAUGGGGAGUUUUUCCCAGGUUCAGUAGACAGAAACACCCCUGAAACUCAGCUGCUGGGGAAGCCUGUGUCAGCUAAAUUCAUCCGCAUCCUUCCACUGGAGUUCAGCGGUCAGGCAGGACUUCGCUUUGAAGUCUUAGGAUGCACGCCUGACUAUGCAGUUACAUGUGACAGCAAGCCCAGCUUCAACUUUGCUAAUGAUAAAAUGACUGUCCACUGUCCAGCAGGCUGUGCCAAAGCUGAUUACACGGUGUAUGGCACCUCAGUAUAUCGAGGGGACUCAAACAUCUGUGCGGCAGCUAUCCAUGCUGGAGUGGUGCUGAAUGACCUCGGAGGAGACUGCACUUUGUUGAAAGUCGAAGGACAGAACUUCUACACUGGAUCCACAAGGAAUGGCAUCACCUCGCGGCAAUAUAAUGGAAACUAUGCUGUAUCUUACACUUUUGCAGAUGGAGAGCUGAGAUGUUCAGGACCCGACUGGUAUGAGUUUGGAGAGUUCUGCUACAAACCUUUUGGAGACAAAAAGACAUGGCACGAUGCUAAGGACACCUGUAGGGCUCUAGGUGCCGAACUUGUGUCCAUCCUCUCAAUGACAGAGCAGAGCUGGCUGGAAAGCUACCUGUACUUGGCCACCAGUGACAUGUGGAUUGGUCUAAAUGACCUCUUUUAUUCCGGAAUGUUUACAUGGUCUGAUCAGCAAAUUGUGACCUUCACGUACUGGGCUCCAGGGGAACCCAACAGCCAUGAUGGUUUUAGUGAGGACUGUGUUGAGAUGUUGCACCAGACUGGCCGAUGGAACGACGUGACCUGCACAGAACUCAAUACCUACAUUUGCAAAAUGCCCAGAGGACAUUACCCAGCGCCCUCUGUACAACCCACUGUGUAUGGAUGUCCUCAGGGCUGGGAUGCGUACGGCUACUCCUGCUACUGGAUGGAAGAGACGACCAGGAGCUGGUCUGAUGCUAAAGCGUUCUGUGAGGGGCAGGAUGCCGUCUUGCUGCACAUCGGAGACAUCUAUGAGCAGUCACAUUUUACAGUGGCUCUGUCAGGAAAGACCGGUUUGUGGUGGAUUGGACUGCGUGCUCAUGGGGGGGCAGGUGGAGGGGUGGACUACAUUUGGGACAAUGAUUCACCUCUCACCUUUACUCACUGGGACAGAAACCAGCCAGAUAAUGGUGAUGGUACUUGUGUGGCUAUGACAUCGGGUCGGGUUGGCGGUUUCUGGGAUGACAAGCAAUGCUUGGACAAAUAUGCCUUCAUAUGUGAAAAACAGAGACCCGACAUCAGCCCGCCCACCAAGGCCCCGACUCCUCCUCCUUCACAGGGCUGUGCUGCUGGCUGGACAGCCAAGCCCCACUUUAGGAACUGCUAUAGGCUCUUCCACAAUGUGGACUGGUCCCUGAAGAAGAGCUGGGAAGCAGCGCUUGAGGACUGUAUCGCCAGAGGUGGUAACCUGGCCAGCAUCCACACUCAGGAGGAAGAAGAGUUUCUGUCUCUGUACAGCAAAGGCACAAGCAAGUGGAUCGGUCUCAGGCGCAACCCAACAGAAGGAGGAUAUUCUUGGACUGAUGGCACACCUCUGUCCCACACCAACUGGGGUUCAGGGGAGCCAAAUGACCACGAGGGCCGCGAGGAUUGUGUAGAGAUGGUGAGCACCACAAAUGGCACCUCCUCGUGGUGGAACGAUCUCAACUGUGAUGCUCAUCAGGAUUGGAUAUGCAAGAUUGCUAAAGGAAAGGACCCCAUCCUUCCCCCUGAGCCCCCCACCCCUGUUCCAGCUCCCGAGUGUGGCUCCAACCCUGGCUGGAGGAAGAACAAAAACAUUUGUUAUUACUACAAUGACACUGACAUAGUCGACUUCCACACGGCUAUGGCGCGGUGCUUUGCAGAAAAAGCCAGACUCGUGUCCAUCCUAAACAGAGAAGAACAAGCAUAUGUUAACAGCAUGGUGGGGACAGGAAAGAUUACUGCAGCCUGGAUUGGAAUGACAAUGUUAGGCGUGGUAAAUGGCCAAUACAUGUGGGUCGACCACUCCCCUGUGACAUACACUCACUGGGCUCCAGGUGAGCCCAACAAUGACAAUGGGGAGGAGCAGUGUGUGCAGAUGAACAGAUAUCAAGGUGGAUGGAAUGAUGCCAACUGUGGUCGGGCUGGAGCAGGUUAUGUAUGUAAGAAAUUCCCGGGAGAUAUUCACACUCCUCCUCCCCCGACACAGCCCUGGGAGGGAAAUUGUCCUGCAGGUUGGCUGCGUUUUAAGAAUAAGUGCUUCAUGUUCAAAGGAAAAAAGCAUGAUAUUAAAGCCAACUGGUCAUAUGCUCGAAGUUGGUGCAGAGACCAAGGUGGAGACCUGGCAGUCAUUGAUAACCAGUACGAAAAUGACUUUGUUGCUAGUUACCUGAGGGACCUGGAGCUCCCCACAUGGAUCGGUCUGUCAGACCUCUUGUUGGAGAAUCAGUACGCCUGGAGUGAUGGAGCCAGCCCAGUGCUGUACACUAACUGGAAUGACAAAGAGCCUAAUAAUGCAAAUGGAGUGGAACACUGUGUGGCGGUGACUCACAGCCCUCUGUCGACAGGCAAAUGGAACGAUGAUAACUGUAAUAACAAUCACAGCUUCGUCUGCUCCAGAAAGAAAUCAAGCAGUAUCAAGCCUCCUCCCCCCACCAAGACUCCCUGCCCAGCAGACUAUAUCUCCUGGUACCUGAGCUGCUACAAACUGGUGGAGGAGCCAGCGACUUGGGAUGCAGCUCAGGCAGCCUGUAAGAAAGAGGGAGGCAACCUGGCCAGCAUCGACAUGAGCUACGACCAGGCCUUUGUUGCUGGAGCGAUCCUGCAGGGAAAAGCUGAUGCCUGGAUUGGACUCAGACGCAAGGACGAUGGUUCCUACAUGUGGACGGAUGGCUGGCCAGUUUUUUUCACUCAGUGGGGACCAGGAGAACCCAGUAACAUUAAGGAUGAGGGCUGCGUGAGUAUGCACGCUUCAAGGAUUUUCCACGGGACCUGGAAUGACACCAAAUGCGACCAAGCUAAACCGUACAUCUGCAAGAAAACCUCGGAGAAACUUCCACCCACUCCUGCCCCUGGUGAUGGGACGUGUCUGGAUUACACGAUCCCCUAUGGCCGCUACUGUUACUUUGUGUACAACGGUCAGAUUGGCUUCUCUUGGCCAGAGUCUGAACACUAUUGCCAGAUGGGCAGGAUGGAGCUGGUCUCCCUUCACAGCAGAGCAGAGGUGGAGUUCAUCAGGAACCACAACGUCACCAAAUAUCACAACAUCUGGAUUGGCCUUACCAGGGAUAGCAACUUUGGUUGGUCCUGGACAGAUAAGACAUCUGUAGGCUUCCUCAACUGGGCUCCCAAUGAGCCCAAUGCAGCCUUUCACCCAGGGAACAUGCCUGAGAACUGCGUGGAAAUGUACCCAGACGGACGCUGGAACGACAACAACUGCAUGGAGAAGAGAGGUUUUGCUUGCCGCCACCGUCAAUACUAUUCCACAGAUGAAAACAAAAAUCCCAUUUAUCCCAGUGAUAAUUCAGCUGUUGAUGCAGCGUUGAUCGCUGGUGCUGUCGUCGCAGCCAUUGUGAUUGUCACCCUAGUAGUUGGACUGCUGUACUACAUCUUUCGCGUGCGUGGCUAUAAACCAAGCUUGACGGCAAGAAGCACCAGUAAAAUUGAUGUGCCUGCCUUCACCAACCCCAACUUCUCAGGAGAAUCGGACACAUAAAAUCAAGUUUUGUACAGCAACACUGACACUUUUAUGCAAAUCAAUAAUGCAGUUUAGAAGUAUCUGGAAUUUUUAUACAAUUAAAUAUCCA